AUGGCCAUCUGGGAUUCCUUCAGCGGUCGCAAACAGGAGCAGACCGGUAGCUUCGACGCGUCCGCUUCGCAAGAUGCCACUUCCUUCCUCUCCGAAGUCGCCAUUCCCGACCCUUCCAGACUCCAUCCCCUGGCCGGUUUGAACCAAGAUACUCUUGACUACCUUUCUCUUGAAGACUCUGCCCUUGAUGCAACCCCCGGUUCCCGCUCAGUCCUGCCAUCUCGCGGUUGGUCCGACGACCUCUGCUACGGUGCUGGCACCACAUACCUCGCAGCUCUGACCAUCGGAGGUGCUUGGGGAAUGGCGGAAGGACUUGCGAAGACGCCAUCUUCCGCUCCACCGAAGAUUCGCCUCAACGGUGUUCUUAACUCAGUCACCCGCCGUGGACCCUUCCUCGGAAACUCCGCUGGUGUCGUCGCAAUGGUUUACAAUGGUUUCAACUCUGCGAUUGGGUACGCUCGAGGAAAGCAUGACGCAACUAACAGCAUUGCGGCCGGUGCCUUGAGUGGAAUGAUCUUUAAAAGUACUCGUGGUGUCAAGCCCAUGAUGAUCUCCGGCGGUAUUGUGGCCUCGAUUGCUGGCACUUGGGCCGUAACACGGAAAGCCUUCUUUUAA